AUGUCUACCAUCAUUUACCCUGAAAACACUUCUCCUGUUGCUGAUGCAGAGGCCAUUAGGAAGGCUUGUCAAGGUUGGGGAACAGAUGAGAAGGCAAUAAUUUCAAUAAUUGGCCAUAGAAAUGGAACUCAAAAGAAACUGAUUAAACAAGCUUAUGAGGAGUUAUACAGUGAAGAUCUUGUCAAGCGCCUUGAAUCUGAAUUAUCCGGACAAUUUGAGAAAGCAGUAUACAGAUGGAUUCUAAAUCCAAGAGAUAGAGAUGCAGUAAUAUUGCAUGUUGCAAUAAAAGAAAGAGCAAUCCCAAAUUAUCGUGUGGUUAUCGAGUACUCAUGCAUCUAUUCUCCUGAAGAGUUGUUGGCUGUGAAGCGUGCCUAUCAAGCUCGCUACAAGACAUCUGUCGAAGAGGACAUAGCUCAGUAUUCUACUGGUCAUCUUCGCAAGUUUUUGGUUGGGCUAGUUGCCACAUACAGGUAUGUUGGUGAUGAGAUAAAUGCAAGAGUAGCCAAUUCUGAGGCUGACAUUCUUCACAAUGCAAUAAGUAACAAAGAAUUCAAUAGUGAAGAAAUUGUUAGAAUCAUUUGUACAAGGAGCACCACUCAACUUGUAGCAACUCUAAACCGCUACAAGGAUUAUUAUGGCUCUUCAAUCACCAAGCACUUGAUAGAUGAAGAUAAUAAAGAGUACCUACUAGCGCUGCGUACAACUAUCCGAUGCAUUAAUGACCCCCAAAAAUACUAUGAAAAGGUAAUUCGCUAUGCCAUUAAUGAGUCUGGGACUGAUGAAGAAUCACUCACAAGAGUGAUAGUUACGCGGGCUGAGAAGGACUUGAAGGAGAUUAAACAACUUUACUACAAGAGGAACAGUGUCACUCUUGAUCAUGCAAUCACCAACCACACUUGUGGAAAUUACAAGGCUUUCCUCCUAACUCUUUUGGGAAAUGAAAAUUAG